AUGGAAUUACAUGUCCCCUUGGGUUCUGAGAUUGUCUUACCCGGUGGGGAAAGAGCCAUACUCAAGUUCGUAGGAAAUGUGGAGUCAAAGUCUGGGAUUUUUGCUGGUGUUGAACUGAUUGGUCAAAUGAGUGGAAAAGGAAAGAAUUCUGGAGAGUUUAAGAACGUGCAGUACUUUACCACCAAAGUCCCUAAUUCAGGCAUAUUUUUGCCCUAUCAAAGACUUCUGGAGACAAGUAACAUGCAACGACUUCAAGCAGAGACACCAACGAAGACAAAACGAAAUGUUUAUGUAUCUCGCUCACCAUUAGCUGUUUCCAAUCAACAAGGGUUGAAACGAUCAUCAAAGGAGAGUAGCCCGAGCACUGUUGCAGGCAAUGAAGGACAAUUGCACAGUUUGAAGACUGAAAAUACCCAUCUUUCACAGAAAUGUUUGAAGUUAGAAACACAGUUACAAGAGUGCACGGAAGUUCUCGAGUCUAUGGAGAAGGUCAUUAAAGACCAUUACGAACCAGCCUUCAACCAAAUGGAGAAAGAUUUGUCUGAGAAGAAUGAAAAAAUUUCCAAGCUAAAGGUUUCAUUCGACGAACAGAAGACCGAACUGCUGGAUAUUAUUGAUUCCCUUGAAAAACAAGCGUCAGAAACUGAACAGCUCUACACUAAAGAAUUGAAAAGGUUGAGGGAGGAAUGUGCUGCUUAUAAAAACAAGGAUACUGCAAAGGAAACGAACGAACUCCAACGUCAGCUGAAAGUCAAGGAAAAAAUGUGUCAAGAUUGGGAGUUGAAAUAUACUCAACUUAAGGAUUCAAAAAGUAAAGAGGAAAACGAUAUAAUUCAAGGAUACCAGCGUGAAAUCGAUGAUUUGAAAGCAAAAUUAUCAAGCUCUCAGAAAGCUCAACCUGAAAAAAACACGGAAAUAGAAGAGCAAUUACAACGAUUGAAAGCAGAAAAUCGAUCUCUGCAACAACAGCUUGAGACCGCCAGAGAGAAGGAAAAAAUACAACCAUUGACCUCAACAACCACAGAGCAAUCAACCUUGCUGGAUGAGAACGGGAACUUGCAAAUAUUUGUUCCAAAAAACUCUGAUCCCGCAAAUGGAAGAAAAAAAUGGUGUGGUCUUUGUGAAAGGGAAGGACAUGAUAGCGUUCAAUGCCCUUUUGAGAAUGAUAUGUUUUAA